UUGUUGCAAGUCGUUUCCGGGGCGGUGUGAGUUAGAGAAGGACUCCGAAUGGGUCGCAGCCGCAGCCGCUCCCCACGGAGGGGUGAGUUCGCAAAACGUAGACGUUCCCGAUCUACAUCCCGGGAGAGAGAACGCAGGCGCCGAGAAAGAUCCAGAUCCCGAGAGAGAGAUCGAAGGAGGAGCCGUUCUCGAUCCCCACACAGAAGGCGCUCCAGAUCCCCAAGAAGGCAUAGAUCCACAUCUCCUUCCCCUUCUCGACUGAAAGAAAGAAGAGAGGAAGAAAAGAAAGAAACAAAAGAAACAAAGAACAAAGAACGGCAAAUUACUGAGGAAGACUUAGAGGGCAAAACAGAGGAAGAAAUAGAAAUGAUGAAGUUAAUGGGAUUUGCCUCCUUUGACUCCACAAAAGGGAAAAAAGUGGAUGGCUCUGUAAAUGCCUAUGCCAUAAAUGUAUCUCAGAAGAGGAAAUACAGGCAGUACAUGAAUCGAAAAGGCGGAUUCAACAGACCUUUGGAUUUCAUUGCAUGAGAAUAGAAAUGUUGAAGAAUGAUUUUUUUCCCCUUCAUCUUGUUCAGAAGAAUGGAUUUUAUCUUUUCUGGUGUUAGGCAUCAAAAUCAGGAUCACAGUCCUUCCUCCUUGUAAAGUAAGAAAAUUUUAUUUAUGAUGUAUGCAGUUCACUUACCUUGCCCCCAAAGAGGAAAGGUUAAAUAUUACAUUUCUUUCUUUUAGGAAAUAACAUUUGGGGCAGUCAUCAACCCCAUUGUUUUGUCCUUAUUCCUGUGGAAGCUGUAUAUGUUUUCUUCUUGGAUGCUCACUAGGACCUUUAAAAACACAUAAAAAUAAUUUGGAUGUAAGUUUCUCAAAUAAAGCAGUUAUGUCUUACCCUUUUGAAUUUGACAAAUAUUUUUAUUGUUAGGUAAAAGAAUCUCCCUGCAAUUUUCUUUUUUAACAUAUAGAGUUAGAUAUCAUGAUUCUUGGUAGUUUAAAAAUUAAAAGAAUGAAAAAUUAUAAUUACAUUUUUGUACCUUUUGUAGGUUUUCCCCCAAAAUACUAUUGAUUGGUUUCUCCCCAGUUUAAAAGUAAUACAUGCUUAUUAGGAAAAACAAAGCAAAAAUCUUGGAAGAAACCAAAAAGUAAAAAGAAAAGCCAAAAUAUCACUUACAGUUUAUCCCCCAAUAAGAAUUAAUGUUAAUAUUUUGGUGUAUGUCUUUCCAGGCUCCUAUGGGUGCAUAUUUCUCACCUCCACUCAUGAGAUUAGAAUGUUUAAGCUGUUCUUUUUUACUAUCCUUUUUGUCCCGUAUACUAUGAACAUUUUUUAAAUACCCUCACCUAUUCUUUGAAAACUUAGCUUUUAGUAGCUACUUGGUUAUACCAUAAUUUAUUAACUAAUCCUUUAUUGGUAAAUGUUGGCUUUUCUCCCAUGUCUUGCUAUUAUAAUUAAAAUGGUGUAGUAUCCUUGUUACAUAUAUAUUUUUGUACUUGUUGCCUUAUUUUCUCAGGUUCAGCACUUAGAUUUAGCAUUUCUGGGUGAGAUAAAAGGGUGUGCGUUCAUGAUUUAAGCUUUUAGAUAAAAAUAUGACAAGAAAGUAACAGCCAGCUCUCACCAUUUCAUAUAUGCACACUAAUACUGGAUAUAUAAUUUUAAGUUUCCAACCUGAUAGGUAAAAUUGUGUUAUUUAA